AUGUCUAUAGGGGCGGAUAUUCUGCGUCUUACAAUCCCACCGCCUAGGGUGCCUAAUGGAAUGUUUUCCGUAUCUGAAGAUGGCGAUUACCUUGUUGGAUUCAAAGAUGCCAUUGGAAUCUAUUCUCCACGCUUCCGCCUCGAGCCGUUUGAUCGGUCAGUGUAUAACCGGAUGGAGUUCUAUCUGCCCCCCUCUCGACAGCGAACCCUAAUGCUGCGGCCAGCUAUCGAGCAGAUAAAAAACAACGAUCAACCCGAACUCGCGGACUUCUGUCGUCAGGCGCUAUCAGUUUGUAACAGGGCUAUUGUUACUGCAGAGUCAAAGUCUCGAGACCCGAAAACCUAUUCCCGUCAUAGUUUCCGUGCAGCCACCUGGAGUCCUUCGGGCAUGGACCAACUGAGAAGGUGCAUAUUCUCCUGCAUCACCGCAAAUCACCAGCUCCUACUCUGUGCAAAAUCAGCGGACGGCUGGCAAACCAUGGUGGAUGUUUCCGGCAUUUGGUACGAGUGCUGGCAUCAUCAUGGGUUGGACAUGCUAGCCGAGCCCCAGCCCGGACUGAAGACCUUCGUGGACGAACUCUGCCCCCAGUCUCAGACCGAUCCGGCGAGCUUCACCGAGGUCACCUACUGUCCCUCGGUGGAGGAGUACUUUUCCGGUGUACUGGACACUAGUUUUAUGCAGACCUCCUGGUCACAACGUCCUCGGCAAGUGCGACUUGGCCAGAAGGAGACUACCCAAGCUGCCUUCUUUGCUGCCCUGCACAGGUCUGGCACGGUC